CUAAACGGCUCAUUGACGCUGUAGAGGGGAAAAUGUGCGUUAGCGUGCGAACCCUCUAGUUAGUAAGCAAAGAGUGGAAACAUGGAUGAUGAGGAGGUCGCGGAAAGCUGGGAAGAGGCCGCCGACAGUGGGGAAAUGGAGAGAAGACUAGAGGAAAAGCUUCGAAUCAGUCAGAAAGAGAGAUUUUCAGGUGGCAGUUCAAGCCGCUCUCCAAUGAGGACAGCAAUUGUAAUCCAGGAUGACUCCCUCCCUGCCGCACCCCCACCUCAGAUUCGUAUUUUGAAGCGACCCUCCAGUAAUGGAUCCUUGGGUUCAUCUGUGACACAGUCCCGACCCUCCCCGCAAGUAAAAUCCUUAGCUCAGCGAGAGGCGGAAUAUGCAGAAGCCAGGAAGAGAAUCCUUGGCAGUGCUACUCCUGAUGAAACACCCCAGGAGAGACCCAAUUCAGACCGAUCCCCACGUGGAAUCAGCCAUACACUUUCAGAGGAAAACAGAACAGGAAACCAUGUGGUUCGACAACCAGCAGGUCCAGAUGGUACACAAGGCUUUCACCAGCGCAGAUAGGAAUAGCAGCCUUUCCUGGGAGGAAGGGAGAGGCGAUGAUGGGGCUACUAGAAGAUGAUUGAAAUUCAAAUAUUUUUUAUCAAUAUAUAGGAUGUGGGAUGUUUUUCAAAUAAUUAUAAAACCCUCUUAAAUCCAGCAUGGCGUGUGCGCCAGUGUGUGGAAUGUGAAAGGGGGAAAGAAACAUGACACAGAAGAGCGUAUGGGGAACGUUUUAUUCCUCGGUUUUACACUGUGAUGAGGACUUCGCUUCCGGACACUGCUCACUGUGAUGUCCAGCCCCCAGCCCUCAAAAUAUAAAGAGAAAAUAGAGAAAAACAAAGCAGAAAUGCAGAACAAUUUUCCCUUUCUCACUUAACUCAACUUUGGCAGCCAGCCUAUCACGUCAUUUAAACAAGCCGUGAAACUCCCUCUGAAAAGACAUUUGAAGAAAACAACAAGUGGUGAAAAAGUAUAGCUGGACAUGUUAUAACUAACAAGAGGAUGUAAUAAGGCACCAGCUUCUUUCAGCAAUAAUAAUAAUAGAAAUAUCACUAAUUGUUCAGACCUCCCUUCCACAUUGUUCCUCCCGAGCUUUUGUAUAGUUUUUUUUGUUUUUGUUUUUUGUCUUUGUUUUAAUUUUGGUUAUUACUGGCUUGGUCCGCUAAUUACCAUAUGUUUUUAAACAGGUAGGGAACGGUGAGUGUAUUGUGGAAAGUUCUUUAUUGUUUACGGUUAUCGGUUUUUCCUAUGUUGUUUUACUCAUUGGUCUUCCUCUGACUGUCCUGAUUUCUACAAAGUAAAAAGAAUAAAAACAAAACCUAGUACAGAAUUAAAUGAGUGCAGCACAUCACAUUUUAAACCGUUUCUAUGCCUUUAUAUGAGUUGAGAAGAUAGUCGUUCUUUUAAUUAAAAUACAAUGAAAUUUAUUUCUGUAAAUAUUUGUUGUGCUGGGAAGAACCAAAGGAAUUGAUGCAAGGGGAAUAAAGACUGGUUCCCCUCGCCUCACUUCCUCAACAAAUCUGUAGUCAGCCAUUUUUUUUUUCUUUUCUAUUCUUUUGUUUUUACUUACAGUUGAAGUCAAGUUUACAUACACUUAGGCAGGUCAUUAAAACUCAUUUUUUAACACUCCACAGAUUUAAUAUUAGCAAACUAUAUUUUUGGAAAGUCAUUUAGGACAUCUACUUUGUGCAUGACACAAGUAAUUUUUUUCAACAAUUGUUUACAGACAGAUUGUUUCACUUUUAAUGGACUAUAUCACAAUUCUAGUGGGUCAGAACUUUACAUUCACUAAGUUAACUGUGCCUUUAAGUAGCUUGGAAAAUUCCAGAAAGUGAUGUCAUGCCUUUAUACAAUUAGCUUCUGAUAGUAGGUGUACUGAAUUGGAGGUUUACCUGUGGAUGUAUUUUAAGGCCUACCUUCAAACUCAGUGCCUCUUUGCUUGACAUCAUGGGAAAAUCAAUAGAAAUCAGCCAAGACCUCAGAAAAAAAUUGUGGCCCUCCAGAAGUCUGGUUCAUCCUUGGGAGAAAUUACCAAAUGCCUGAAGGUACCACGUUCAUCUGUACAAACAAUAGUACACAAAUAUAAACACCAUGGGACCACGCAGCCAUCAUACCGCUCAGGAAGGAGAUGCAUUCAGUCUCUUAGAGAUAAUGUAGUUUGGUGCAAAAAAGUGCAAAUCAAUCCAAGAACAACAGCAAAGGACCUUGUGAAGAUGCUGGAGGAAACAGGUAGACAAGUAUCUAUAUCCACAGUAAAACGAGUCCUAUAUCAACAUAACCUGAAAGGCUGCUCAGCAAGGAAGCAGUCACUGCACCAAAACAGCCAUAAAAAAGUCAGACUACAGUUUGCAAAUGCACAAGGGGACAAAGAUCUUACUUUUUGGAGAAAUGUCCUCUGGUCUAAAGAAGCAAAAAUUUAACUGUUUGGCCAUUAAUGACCAUUGUUAUGUUUGGAGGAAAAAGGGUAAGGCUUGCAAGCCGAAGACUACCAUCUGUGAAGCAUAGGGGUGGUAGCAUUAUGUUGUGGGGUGCUUUGCUGCAGGAGGGACUGGUGCACUUCACAAAACAGAUGGAAUCACGAGGAAGGAAUAUUAUGUGGAUAUAUUGAAGCAACGUCUCAAGACAUCAGCCAGAAAGUUAAAAGUUCGGUCGCAAAUGGGUCUUCCAAAUGGACACUGACCCCAAGAUACCACCAAAGUUGUGGCAAAAUGGCUUAAGGACAACAAAGUCAAAGUAUUGGAGUGGCCAUCACAAAGCCCUGGCCUCAAUCUGAUAGAAAACUUGUGGGCAGAACUGGAAAAGCGUAUGCGAGCAAGGAGGCCUACAAACCUGACUCAGUUACACCAGUUCUGUCUGGAGGAAUGGGUCAAAAUUCCAGCAACUUAUUGCGAGAAGCUUUUGGAAGGCUUCCCAAAAUCUUUGACCCAAGUUAAACAAUUUAAAGCAAUGCUACCAAAUACUAACAAAGUGUAUGUAAAUUUCUGACCCACUGGGAAUGUGAUGAAAGAAAUAAAAUCUGAAAUAAAUCAUUCUACUAUUAUUCUGAUAUUUCACAUUUUUUAAAUAAUGUAGUGAUCCUAACUGACCUAAGACGGAAUAUUUUAUAUGAUUAAAUGUCAGGAAUUGUGAAAAACUGAGUUUAAAUGUAUUUAGCUAAGGUGCAUGUAAACUUCUGACUUCAACUGUAUGUAGGAACUCAGGUUGUUUUGAGCAAUUAUGAGAGAAUGAACGAAGUUGUGGAUUGGUUUUUAACUGAAUGAUGGUGCAAUGUAAAGCUUCCAUGAAGUAUGGCUUCCAGUUCAUUUGGAAACACCUCUAAAACUGGAUUAAGGAAUAUCCUAUAAGAGAUUAUUUAAUGUUUAUUGAAACGUAAGAAAAGUGUGCAUAGCACCAGUAGCUUACACAAGACAACUUUAUUUGGAGUGUUGAGUCAGUUGACCUAGUUGCUCUGGCUCUUGCAAUACAAUGUCUAUAUAUGAAGAGCCAUGCUACCUUUCUUGACUGUAACUCCAUGCAUUUCUUUUUUUUUCUUCUUUUUUUUUAAACCCUUCUUUAAACCUUCAUUUCCUGUACUGUCCAAGAAACAGGUCCUGCAGUUUAUGGAAAUGCCCUUUAAUCUUGAAUCAAAUACUUGUCAUUGUUCACCCAUUGUGCUGUAUCAAAUCAGACCAGACGGGUCUGUCAUGCCCUGCUUGUGAACACGGAAAUCUGCCUGUAAAUACUUUUAAAAAUGGCCAUUUAAUAAAGACUUUUUAAAUAA